AUGAGUCAUCYUGAUCGUAACAACAUUCUUGUUCACUACCAACAUGGUUUUCGCUCAGGCCACUCUUGUGAAUCCCAAUUAAUCAAUGCAAUUGAUGAUAUUGUCCGAUCAAWGAAAGACAGAAUGCAAGUAGAUCUCCUAAUACUGGAUUUUCAAAAAGCAUUCGACUMUGUGCCGCAUGAACGUUUACUUAUGAAGCUUAAUCUCUAUGGAUUACCAUAUCAACUACAGCAAUGGAUCAGGACAUGGCUAACUACACGUUACCAGAAAGUGAUUGUGGAUGGAGAGUGCUCUGAACCUGUGYAUGUAGGCUCUGGGGUGCCUCAGGGGACGGUACUGGGCCCCCUGAUGUUCUUACUUUAUGUCAACGACAUUGGAAAUGGAAUAUCUUCUAACAUUAAAUUGUUUGCUGACGACUGCCUACUCUACCGUCCAGUUACAUCAUUACAGGAUACACAAGUAUUGCAGGAUGAUUUGGACAGCUUGGUAAAGUGGUCAAAAAUCUGGCAGAUGUCAUUCAAUCCAUCUAAAUGCUAUAUCUUAAGGAUUUCCAGGCUUCACUCUAUGAUUGAGUAUAAUUAUAACAUCACUGGAUCAAUGCUGAAACCAUCRUCUGACCACCCGUAYUUAGGUGUGCAGUUAUCAACUAAUCUGAGUUGGAAUAAACACAUCGAUAUGAUUACUUCCAAGGCAACAAACYAACUAAAUUUUCUCAAACGUAACCUAGUUAAGUGCUCCCCAGAUGUUAAAUCUAUGGCAUAUACAUCACUUGUACGACCGCAACUAGAAUAUGCUUCAGCAGCCUGGGACCCAUACACUAAAGAUAACAUCCACAGAAUUGAGAGUGUACAACGCAGGGCUGCCCGCUUUGCUCUUAAUUGCUAUGAUAGAUAUAACACCAGCGUAACUGGCCUGAUCAAACAACUUGGAUGGGAUAGUUUAGAAACCAGAAGAACUGCUAACCGACUAACUGUGUUUUUCAAGGCUGUUAACAAUCUCAUAGCCAUUCCACUGCCAAAUGAUCUCCAAAGACCAACUAAGUCCACAAGAAAACAACAUUCUAAAUCAUAUAUUCAGAUGCCAACUGGCCCUAAUUAUUACAUUAACAGCUUCUUCCCAAGAACAGUGAAAGACUGGAACUCCCUUCCAGAAGAGAUUGUACAGGCUACUUCUCCUGAGUCAUUUAAAACAUUAAUGUUAAACUAUCUAAGAAUGGACUGA